ACUGUAGUUAAUUGGUUAUAAGUUAUAACUAUAUAUCAAAUUGUUAUAUAUUUUUCCGCAUUUCUAUUAUGUCUUGCAACCACUGCAAUACCAAGUUUAAUUUUUUCCAUAAAGAAAUGGGUUGUUCAAAUUGCGGGCUUUCCUUUUGCAAUAAAUGUUUAAAGCAGAAAUGUAAAAUACCCAAUAAGGGGCUUAGUGAACAUAAUGUAUGUAAACUGUGUUAUUCGAAGUUAGCAUCUGGUACAAGUACAACACAGCCAAUGAAUAUUCCACCGCCGGAUGCGUUCAUAAAAAGGUUAGAAAAUUUGGAAAAUCCUCUAGCGCCACCAAUUACGAUGUAUAAAACGGACCCGAAAAUUCAAGCUUUGAGGAGUGGAUUGUCACCUGCCGAUCAGAAAAUUCUUGACCGAUUAGAAAGACUUAAAGAAGAAAAAGGUCCCCCUCCAACGGAAGGCGAAUUGAGGCGGAGACUUGCUAGUUUGAAGGGUGAAAACGAUUACGUGGAAGGACCAAGCAAACCUUUGUUUACUGUUGAUACAAGGACAGAUCAACAAAAAGCUGAUUCAUUGUUGGAACAGUUUGUUAGUGAGAGAGACAUUGAAUUGGCUCAUAAUCCUCAAGAUGAAAUUGAAGCAAGGUUGGCUACUUUACGAGAACAGGGUGUGAGACCAAAUGAGGGACCAUAUAUUAGUAACUUACAUGAUUCCAGUAGUUCAGAAGAGGAAGUUGAUAAAAUUACUAAAAAGAUAAUGGACGAAGUAGCAAUCGAAGAACGUUUACCCAAACAAACCUUUAAAAAACUGACGCCAAGUUCUUCUAAUGAAGAAGAGGUAGAUCGGUCUUCACCAGAACUUCCAUGGUGCGUCCUAUGUAAUAACGAUGCCAAAUUCCGAUGUUUCGACUGUGGAGGGGAUUUAUACUGCGGCGAAUGUAACAUCGAAGUGCAUAAAAACUGGGCCGACACUGAUCAUAAAGUUGUUCCAUUCAAGCCAAAAUGAAUUGUCCUCCAACACAAAGCACAAACUAGAUAGUUAUAUAUUUCUAUUAUUACAUAUUUUUACAACGGAAUCAAUAUUUUGCUUAAUACGAACUUUCUCGCCUCAUUUUAACACAGACCUGUGUAGUUGUUAAGGGCUGACGUGUGGGAUCAGGAAUUGUGAAAAGUUGUUAUUGAUUUUAAAUGCAGAGUGCAGUCUGUCCCUGACUGGCGGGGAAUGACUUAUUAAAUAAACUGUCAGUUCUUAGUUUAAUUAAAUAUUUUACAUAUUCGAUCUACGCAAUGCAACUAUUGUACGUUCACUUAUCCACCUACAUACACGUGUUCCAAUGAUUUUAGCAUAGACGGAAGUUGAAGAGGUUGCACUGUGUUCUUGCGUUUAUUUGCGUAAAGACUAAAUAAAAUUAAGAUUAAAUUAAAAUCCAACAUAUAUUCUUCACUUUAUUGAGCACAUGUAUGAUAUAAAUCGAGAGUACAUCGUCAAUAAGUGAACAGUAAUUUUGAUAAACUGGUUGUAAAAUAUUUAACUAACUAUUUGAAUUUUGUAAAUAUUAUCAUUAAACCAAAUAAAUACAGCUGUGCAGUUCUCGAAGAUACGUGACUUGCCGCUAUUCCCACGGACAGACUAAACGCGUUGGCUUUUUUAAGCAGUUUUGUUAAAUCUUUAUUGAUGUUUUUCACCUUGAGAUUCUUUAUUGGGUAGAUUUUAACCAAACACAUCGGUUGGUCCAAGUUUUAAAAUAUGCGACAAACAUUGCUUUUUGUUGCUAGCAGUGAUGACCUCCGCUGUAAGUACUAACAUCGAUGAUUUAGUACGAUUUUAGCCAUAAAUGUAAAAAUCAUACUGUACAAGAAAAGGAUUUAUUUAUAAAUGUAUAGUAAAUAUAAAAGAAUCUUAACAGUA